UGCAGGACGAGGCACCACGGUCAUUUGCCUGGGCUUUACAGGAUUAUCUCUCUGUUCCUCUAGAUAGAUCCAUAUCCUGUACUCUGCAUUUCCUCAUAGAUGAUGUUUGUCUCCCUGGAUACAGAGUUUUGUCCGGUUUAUGAGAGGAAGAAGUCCUCAAACAAUCUUAACUGAUCCAGGACAGGCCUCAGAGAUGCAGUUAGGGGCGAACUACCAAACACAAAGCACGUUACUUGCAUGUGGAAUAUUUCGCCCAAGGUAUGGAGUUGGUUCUCUGUUCCACUUUGAUCUCAAUAUGCAGACUUCAGAUCUGAGUUUGAUGCAUUGCAUUGAGUAGAGAAUACAGAAGACUUUGAGUUACGAUGGAAUGAGAUGGUUUCUCGGUUUGGACUGGGUUCAGAUAAACACAUUGCUUUACCUUAUUCAAUUCGGACUUCUUGGGCAUUGUGCUAUACGAGGGGUCACUUUCUUGCUCGAAUGACAACUGUUGCAUCUCUUAGAUCUGUAGAUUCGUUCCUGAAAGGAAUCUUCGGCCCAAAUGCAUGCUUGCGUAGGUUUUUUGACCAGGUAGGAAUAUCAGCUAAUUUCCAAAACCAGUCACACCUUGAAAUGCAGUAUAUGCCUUCCAAAGCAUGCAUUCCAAUGGAAGAGCAUGCACGAAGCAUUCUAAUGCCUUUUGCAUUCAAUGCUUUCCAAAAUGAACUUGUGCUGACCAUGCAAUAUGCCAUGUCUGAAUUGGCCGAUGGUUCCUACCUUUUACGCCAUUAUAAGAAGAUGGAUGGCGACUGUCUUGUCAUGUGGAUACCAGAAGAAGAGCAAAUUCACUGCUCAUGGAAUUAAUGAAAGAAGUCAAAAGGAUCCUUGAAGAAGUUAGGAGCAUGCUGGAGACUGAUGGUGUUGCA